AUGGAAGAUACCAAAUCCAGGUUCAAGAGGAUUUGCGUCUUUUGUGGCAGCAGUUCAGGCAAAAAACCUACUUACCAGGAAGCUGCUGUUCAACUUGGCAAGGAACUGGUGGAAAGAAGGAUUGAUUUGGUGUAUGGAGGUGGUAGCGUGGGGCUGAUGGGUCUCGUUUCUCAGGCAGUUCAUGAUGGUGGGCGCCAUGUUCUAGGGAUUAUCCCAACAAGUCUUAUGCCAAGAGAGAUAACUGGUGAUCCUAUUGGGGAAGUGAGAGCCGUAUCUAAUAUGCACCAAAGGAAAGCCGAGAUGGCCCGUCAAGCCGAUGCCUUUAUUGCCCUUCCAGGAGGAUAUGGAACUCUUGAAGAAUUGCUGGAAGUCAUUACAUGGGCGCAGCUUGGGAUCCACAGCAAACCCGUGGGGCUGUUGAAUGUGGAUGGAUUUUACAAUUCCUUGUUGUCUUUCAUUGACAAGGCAGUUGAUGAAGGCUUUAUAUCCCCUAAGGCUCGUCGCAUUAUUGUGUCAGCGCCCACAGCCCAACAACUGAUGAUAGAACUAGAGGAGCAUGUUCCUGAGCAAGACGAGUUUGCGUCCAAGUUGGUGUGGGAAGAAAGACUGAAUUACGCGACUGAAUCAGGAGUAGCCAUGUGA